AUGUUAACUCCUCCUGAAGAUGUGGAGUCCUUACAGAGGCGGCUGCAGCUAAGUGAGGAGUGGAACCUGCGGCUGCAGAGCCAGAUUCAGGAGCUGCUGCGUCUUUCCCAUAGUGAGGUAGAGGCGAUGCGUGAACGGAUGCAGAACCCCGAUAUUGCUAUUCCGCUUCUGCAGUGCUACGAUGCUGCCAUUCUGGAAAAACAGGAGGAGAACGAAAAGCUGCAGCGAGAGAUGAACAAACUGAAAUCAAUGCUUGAGGCGACCACUAGUGAGCUGGAGGAGGCACGCGAGGCCAUGCGCGUUGCAGAUAUGCAGUUGAAGCAGUUGCGCAUGCAGGCGCAAGAGGAGCGCGGCUGCCUGGAGGAUGCCAAACUUGAAAUGGAACGCGAGGCCGCGCAGGCGCGGCGGGAAUUGGCCCGCUCACUCGACGCAGAGGCUGCUCUAAAGCGUGAGAUUGAGCAACUGAAGCAGGAGCUGAGCGUGAUACAGAGCGAUGCUACGAAGUUUCAGCGGAAUACUGAAACGCUAGAGGAGGAGGCCAAACACGCACAGAGCCGACUCAAGACAAUUGCAAGUGAGAAAGAGGAGACGCUGCAGCACGAGGAGUUGCAGCGCAUUCAACUUCAGCUGCUGAGCAAAGAGAACGAGGACAAACUGCAAGAGUUGGAGCGUCUAAGGAACAGAAUGGUACAGGCACUGCGGCAGGCCGCCGAUAACCAUGUGGCUCACCUCCGUGUCGUGGAGGAAAAACAUCGAGAGGCGGUGGAGGGAUUGCGCGCACAGCUAACUACACAGGAGCUUGAGGUGCAGAAGCUGCGUGCGCAGUUGGCUCGUGUGGAUGCAAACGGCAGAGGUGGUCGUUAUGCUUUGAAACUACGCACAACUACUGAGCUGUUGGAGACGCAGACACGGCAAGCCCAAGAAAUGGAGCUAAAGCGUCUCUAUGGCGAGAUAUCGAACCUUCAGCUUCAGCGUGACGACGCAGUGCUUAGAUAUGAGCAACUUUCGAGUAGUUUACGUCGCGAAGAGACCGAUCGCCUCACUGAGGCGCAGCAGGAAACGCAGCUGGUGCGGCGGAAGCUGCGUGAUCAGGAGCAAAAGUAUGAGCAGCUUGACAAGGAGAACACUCGUGUGAAGGAGGAAUUACGUGUGUUUCGAGAAAAAUGCAAGGGCCAAACAGGUGACUUGCAGCGUGCCCGACUGGAAAGGGAUCAAACCCUUAAGAAGAUGGAGGAACUGAGACGCGCUCUUGCCACGUCUGAAGAGGCCUGUGAACGUGUGCAUGCUGAGGCAAAGAACGAUAUGGCGAAGGAGCGUCAGCGUGUGCGCGAGCUUGAGCAGCGCGUGGACGAGGUACUGCGGGACAUGCAGGCGUCGAGGGACCGUGCCAACGCCUCGACUAUGGCGAUCGAGCGGCAACGGGAUGAGCUUUGCAGGCAGCUUGCGGAUUUGCAAGAGCGUUUGAAGGCGGUGCAGACGCGAUUGUCAGCGCGGGACCGAGAGGUGGAGGUGCUGACCGCCAAAGCUGAACAUCUUCAGGAGGCCGUGCGGAUGAACCAAAAACAGGCGUUAUCGUGCGAUGAAAGGGUACAGCAGCUUUUGGCUCAGGAUGAGGAAAAGUCGCGGCAAUUGCGGGAGAUGACGUUAAUGGUUGAACGUCUCAAGCGAGAAGGUGCCCGCGUUGCACGAGCUCGCGAUAGACUUAUAGAGGAAUUGAAUAUUCGACUUUAA